UGCCCCAGCGAGCCCAGUUUUGGACAGCCCACGUAUGCAACUGUAAGCAGUCGCGUUUAGCGAGCCCUGGGAGGGUUUAGCAGCAAAAAGAGAGACCGCAUGAACAGUUGAAAAGUGGCGAAGCCCCUAGCGCCCUAAGAAAUUGCGCGUCACGGUAAAAGCCAACAUACAGUAUCAGCAGCACCUCUGGCAGUACCAGGGAGCUCCAAAAGCGGUUGCUCCCACUCGCGGCCAAGGCUUACGAAUCUUUUGAGCUCCGCUCACAGGACGUAAACUGUUGGAGUUGAAGGCGGACAUGAUUGGUCAACUAGUUCAUAGAAGUGGCGCCAAGAACCAGUCGAUCAAGUGGGCGGUGCCCUGCGGUGCGACUUGUGGGCGUGCGACUUGUCGAAUUCCCUUCGAUCGUCCGCCCCUGAACUUGAAACCUAAGCUGCAUAGCGAUAAGUUAUCCAAGAGAUCACAGGGCCAAACAAGUCCGAACGUUUGUGAGCAUGAAGAUGAGUUCUGUGCGAGCAUUGCGGCAUGGCGCCCGCCAGACUGUGGCAUAAACACACAACACUGAAGGGACAAGAUAUAAUAUCGUGUUACACGCUACAUAGAUCGACAGACCGACCAGAAUCGGGAGCCCGAGCCCGACUGCAGACCUGCAGCAACUAACGAUGGUGGCAAGGCGCGGCAGCGCAGCGGCGCUCCUGAUCCUGGCGGCGCUGUCUCUGGCAGCCAUCACAUCUGCGGAAUACACGAAGAGCUGGGGCUCAUUUGGCGGCAGUUCACCGAACAAGAACUGGAGGAGUGCGCACAUUGCCGGACCGUUUAAGCGGAGCGCGCAGGCUCUGUUCAAAGUGGACACCGGCGCACAAGACGUGUCCUGCACGCCCACGAUCAUCGGCGGCCAUGCCUACUUCGGUGACUGGGCCGGCCAGCUGUACAAGGUCGAUGCCGUCACAGGCCAGGUGGCCUGGGCGCUGAACGUCACCGAGCUGGUGUGGCCCGGGGGCGCCGGCGCAACCAAUGCGGUGCAGACGCGCACCUCGCCCACAGACGACGGAGCCGGCAACAUCAUCAUUGGCACCCAGACAAUCGUGCCGCCCGGCAACCCCAAGGGCGUUCAGGGUUACGUGGUCUCCCUGAAGGCUUCGGACGGCUCCGUGAAUUGGCGGGCGGUGCCCGACUCCCACCCCUUCGCCAUCAUCACCGCCUCGCCCACAGUCUACAAGGACGGUAGCUGCUGCCUGUAUGGCGCUGUGUACGUGGGCGUUUCCUCAAACGAGGAGCUGGUCGACGGCAUCGGGCUGGAGUGCUGCACCUUCCGCGGCAGUGUGGUGAAGCUCGACCUCAAGACCGGCGCCAAGCAGUGGCAGUUCCACACGGCACCCGACAACGGCGGCAAGGUUGACGGCUGGUCGGGCAACGCCGUGUGGGGCUCCGCGCCAACCAUUGUGGAGAAGCAAGGCCUGGUGGUGGUGGCCACCGGCAACACCUAUUCGGUGCCUGCGGAUGUUGAGCAGUGUUUGGACGCGGCCACGACACCCGUGGAGAAGGGCAAGUGCGUGCAAGUGCCGGGCAACUGGUUCAACUCCGUCCUGGGCAUCAACAUGGCCAACGGCAGCCUGGCCUGGGGCUCGCGUGUGUCCUACUUCGACGUGUGGACCACCACCUGCAUCCCGCUGAUCCCGGGCGUCGCCGACUGCCCCGUCAAGGACAGCCCCGACUACGACUUCGGCCAGGCUCCUCUGUACUUCCCAAACACCAAGUGCGGCUCCGAGACAAAGGACAUUCUGGUGGCCGCCCAGAAGUCGGGCUGGGCAUACGGCUUUGACGCGCACACCGGCAAGAUGCUGUGGUCCAAGUCGGCGGGCCCGGGCAGCGCCAGCGGCGGCAGCCAGUGGGGCUCCGCCACGGACGGCAAGAAGACCGUGUUCUUGCAGAACGCCAAUUUCGCCUUCGAGAACGUCACCCUGGUCAACCCUGCGCCUGGCAGCUCCCCUGUUGCCGGCGGCGGCUUCGGCACUGCCAUUGACGUGUGCACCGGCUCCAUCAAGUGGCAGUCAGCCAUGCCCAUCACCCCUGUCAAGUCAAGCUCCACCAUGGGUCCGCCCACAUACGUGAUGGCCAAGGGCGGCGAGUUUGUGGUGUACCCGACGCUGUCGCCCGAGGGCAAGCUGGUUGUGCUGAGAGCCUCCACCGGCGCAGUGUGGACCACCCUGACGGCUGGCAACGGCUCCAUUGUGUCCGGUCCCUCCGUCGCGAACGGUAUUCUGUAUGUCGGUGUCGGCUACCGGCGCUACGGCUUCGGCGUGGGCACCAGCAAGUACGGCCUGGCGGCUUUCAAGCUGUACUAGACCCCGACCUGCUUCAGCGGACCUACUUGACUGGACUCCCUCAUUUGGAGGCUGGGCUGCUUCGAGUUGAAUGCAGCUGGCUAUGCUGCGGGUGCUCAGGACACUGAAGAGGAUGUCAGCAUGAUAAUUUGAAUUGCUGCGUUGUGUACUUGAGUAUGCGGGCAGGCCCUGACUGGAGUGUGGGUGCAGUCACUGGAGUGGUGCGCAUCCAUGGCGGUGAAGCCAAAGAGAUCACGGGGUGGGUUGUGACUGCACUGGGCAAGGGGCAAAUCCCAGCCAGUGCAGCAGCAAACCUUUGCGGUGUGGGCGGAUUCAUUGGCUGGAGAGGGGGGGAUACGGCACCAGCCCAAACUAAAGCGAACUCACUGCAAAAGAGUGAGGAG